AAGAUAAAUACAAGGCUAUGAAAUCGUAGCAACUGAAUUGAGUAACCAGAUCUCACACUGCAGCGUUGUAUAUGCUCAGUGAUUAAAUUAUGGAUCAUUUGAAUAUUCCACGUGAAGAAAACUUUUUUUCUAAAUUCGGGCAGUAUGAAUUCGAGAGAGCAAAGAAGCGUGAAGAACUUAUGCAAGAUUACUUGAAAUUCAAGGAAAGAGAGGAAAAGAACUUCCAUAAUAGAUUCUCCGAUAAAAAGAAGAAUUGUCACCGAUCACAGGACUGUUCUGGAUCUGUGAAGGUGGUCGACAGUUUUAAAAAUACAAAUGAAUCGUUUGGUGUACAAGAUGAGCUACCGAAGAGUGAUUUAGGAUGCAGAUUGAUGGAACUAGAAAAAAAAAUUAACACCCUCUUUAACGAUCAAAGGCCUGUAGUGCACCCUAACAGACCUGAUUUAAAUGAUAAACCCUUAGUAUCAUAUGAUGGAGGUGCUCCCACUAUCAAGGAAUUAAAGAACAACUCAGUACCCAAAGAUCUAGAUGCAGAAAACAAUAGAUACGAAGAGCUAAAAAAACGUCUACACCAGAUAACUGAAGCAGACAAACGUCUUAGUCUUAUAGAAGAAGAAUACAAUAAGCUAAAGAAUGUUCAAAGUCCGUAUGCGUUAGACCACUCAAAUCAAACAAAUCAGGGUCUCCGUAAACUUUUGUUGAGUUCAUGGAAGUCUGCAAAGAACGAGGUGGAAUACUCUAAGCAAAAUAUAAAGGACAAUUACAGAAAAGAGUUAGAGCUACAGAUUGCUGAGGCGGAAAAAAAGCGUUCAUAUGAGAAAGCGGAGAGUAUAAAAGGUGCUACUAUGUGCUCUAUUCCCACUUAUGAAUAUAAAAAUUCAGAAAUUGAAUCAAAUAAAACAAAUCCGAAUGAGGCACAGUUAAAUUCGACAGAAUGUUUGUAUUUUGAUGUAGGACAAAGAGAUUUGCUCGCAAUACACACAUCAACUCAAUUUCCACCCUCUGGAAGGUUGACUGCUAGUGUCAGUAGUAGCGAUAAGAUGAAUACAGUGGAAAACCAAAAUGACCCAAAAUUUAAAAAAAUGCAAUAUGCUGAGGAGUUGAAAAAACAAAUUGAGGAGGCAAGGGCAAAGAAAGCUAAGCAGAAAGAGGAGGACGAAGAAUAUAAUAGAAAGAUCGAGGAGCAAAACUGCAACGUUGACUUAUCGAGGGAAAUCCAUCUUCCUCAACAAAACAUGCCAAACUCUAUCAACUCCGAACAGUUUUCUGACCAACAGAUGCGUACCGGAUUAGAUGUAUCGAAAGAUAUCUACUUUGAAGCUUCAGAUAGAACUUCAGCAAAUCCCGAACCCAAUUUUGCCAGAGGUGGACAUGGGAUAUUUGGCAGCCCAUUAACGGAGGUGCAGAAAAACAAUCUCCAAAAGUACAAAAAAGAACUGGCUCAGCAGAUAGCGGAGAAACGUCAGUUUAUGGAGCUUAAGAAACAAAAGGAAGUCGAGCUUGAACAACGCGAAAUGGAAAGGAUUAGAGCAGAACGGUUGAAAAUGCAGAAAGAGUUCGAAACGGAACAAGAACGAAGGCAAAAUAAAGUUGAGAAAGAUACUCAACAAUUGGGCGAAAAAAGUAGUGAGUAUAAAUUAAAACGCAAAGAACAGCAUACUGCAGAUAAAACAAAGCCUAUCGAGAUGAGGAAUACUAGGUGCAAACGUCCAUCAAAAAAUAUAAAGUCACCAACAUGCAGUCCUAAAAUCCUAAUAGGACCACAAGCCAGCAAACUAAAUCACUUGAAGCAGUUUGGUAGUGAGACAUCUGAUAAACACAGCAGUGAAAAGACGCAGUCAAUAUUGAAACAGUUAAACGCACUAAAAGCCCAACUAGACAGGGAAAAAUCCAAAACUGAGUCGGUGUAUUACCAACAGAAACAUACUUGCGGUUAUAACAAAGAACUUAUAGAGGUUGGCACAUGUAAACAACGAUCUCGACCUCGAAUAAACAUAAAAGCUGUAGAAUUAUUCCAAGAUGCUUCAAUUAAUAACAAAAAUAACACUCAUAGUUCAGCGGGGCAAAUAUCUGGUCAUGUUCAAAACAUUCAGCCAGAGAGUUCGUUGGAAGAGCCUUACAGAGAAGAUUUAAGAGAUCUAGACAGGAAACAGAUGGCUCUCUUGAGAAAGCAAAACAAUCAUCUCCAAGAAUUGAGAAUGGAACUAUUGCAAAACAUUAAGAAUAAGAGCAGAGCUCACUCAAUAAGGGAGAAAAAUGUUCAAAACUGUGAAACAUCCGAGAUGCGAAACCCAAUGUUAGAUGAGAAUGACUCGCUAAUUAAACCUCAAGAUGAGUCAAAUGAGAUGAAACACUUAAAUCCUUCGUCUAACGAGUUUAUUGAUUUGAGUCAAAUCGCAGAAAAAAAUAAGCAGCGUUUAUUAAGACUGGAUGCGAUCCAGCUAUUAACUGAAGUAAGUGACGAUCCUGAAUCAGUUUUACAGCGUUUUGUUGGUGAGCAUGACAGAAUGUUUUCAAGUGAACACAAAAAUAACAUCUUUUAAGUAUUUCAACUCGACUUUCCGUUCUUCAUUCAAACUAACAUAGUUUAUAGAGUAUACGUAAGCCAUAUAUCUGUAAUAUAUUUUUGAGGAAAAUGUAUGUAAGUACAUUUCAUUAAUUAUUCAUGUUUUGAGAUUAUUUCAGGCAUUUUAUAAAAGAUAUUAUUGUUUAAAAUCUAUGAAUUUAUUCUGUCUCAUAACCGGUUCUAAGAUUCAAGGAAAUAUUCAUCACUAGAACUGCAAAAAUAUGGUCAUACAAAAAUGACUGUCUGAACACCCUUCUUAUUCAUACCACUGAAAACAUUCGGUAUUGGAGUGAAGAAUAAUUAAUAUAUAAUUUAAUGCGUAAUUUAUAAUGACAAGUGCAUUUUGCAAAACUUGUAAAAUUUGUAAUAACUGGACAACAAAGGUUGUUCAUAGCCUUUAUAGUCUAAACCAGCUUAAAUAAAAACGUUACGGUUCAUAUAAGUGAAAUACUGAAUAAUUUAGUAGUUUCAUAAGAUAUGAACUCAAGUAACUUUAUUGUCCAGAUCAUAUAAGAAGAGAAUGAAAUUGAGGGGAACUUACUAAGGUAAAGCACUAAAUUAUUGUUGAAAAGGGAAAAGAGAAUUACUGUAAUGUCCAAUCAGUUCAUAUGCAAACAAAUUACAGAGUUCUCUUUAUUUAUAGUAAAACAGCAGUUAAUUUUUUAGGUGACAGCUUGGAAAGUUAUGAGACCACUAAACCAAAUAUUAGUAAUCCAACUUUCGGUAAUGCUAUCUAGAAGUGCACUAUAAUUACUUUUACAAAUCAAGUUUCACAGCAGUAUAGUGAUACAAGACGGGAAACUGUGGGGUGAUUAACUUCCACACCAGCAAGCAUUGCACAUCAACGUAGGCCGCGGUCGUGUACGCCCAAUAAAUGACCAAACCAUCUCAUUCGAAGAAAACUGAUUACAUUGCAAACCGACUUUUCAUCGUUAACUAACACUCUGCGUUCAGCCUCAGUCACGCUAACUCGGCAUAAGAGAAAAAUGCUCUGAAGGCAUCAAUGAGAAAAUAUUAGUAAGGUAUCUGUUUAUAAUGACCACAUUUCGCCUACAUCAUGUAAAGCAGAACCCGAUGUUGUUGGCUGUGCUUGCCCCCUGAUUAGCAGACAUAUCUCUCCUGCAGUUAGUUCCCUUUAUGAAUU